UUUUUUUUAAAUAAACAUUCUUUUUAAUGCUUAACAAGAAGGUUGAAAGAGAAAAAUAUGAAAAAUUAAGAAAGCGAUAAAAAAAUAGUCGUAAGAGCAUGUCAAUUCGAUCGUUCUUCAAAUCAAUAAUUGUGAAAGAAACUUUGUUAUCUCCAUCAGCGAUAGUUUAAUUCUGUAAAUAGUUUUGUUGAUACAUCAAAGUCACAUGACAUGCAUCAAUAUAUCGACCUCCAGAAAAUUAUAAUUUUCUGAAAACGUUAAUCGGGAACCGUGAAAGGCAAUGUCAAUCACAUUGCUUUAAAACCUUUCCAUGGAUUCACUACAACAUUGAAUAAGAAAGCGUAUUUUGCCAUUACAGUGUUUUAAAUGAAGAUAAAGUUUUUGAAGAACAUAACAAGGAUCCAGCAUAUAUUUCAAAUGGUUUUAGAAAUUGGAAGAAAGCACCGAAGUGAUUCAAAAUGUCACAAAGCAGCGCUAAUACAUCAAGUGUCAGUUCCCAUAUGUGGUGAUGUUGCUGAAUUGAUGAAUAAAGAUGUUUUAGAAAAGAGAUUCCAGAGCGUCAAUAUUUGAAAGUAGUAAUAUAUAAUUUGUCGCUGACAUUUACAAAGAGAUUAGCAUCAGGUUUAAUUAAUGUUUAACUAAACGAGUCUAAUGUUCAAACAAAAAUUUGACCCGCCCAUUUUUAUUUUCAUCCAUAGUUAAAAACCUUUAUCGACCCGUGAUUGUAUUCAUCAAUUACUUUUCUCUACUUAAUUCUCCAAAUAAGGAACACUGCGACAUCAGCUAGUGUUGGUAAACUGAUCACUGAGAGGUGCUGUAGCAGUUGCAUUCCAGCCCAGAUCACAGCACCAUAUUUAGGAACUAUGAUAAAUGUGUUUUAAUCCAUAUAUACACAGUGAUGCUUUAAACUCAUCAAAUCAUUACUGCUGGAGCUAUCAUUACAAAGAUUUUGAAGUUUCCUUGGUGUUAUCGUUUUGUUAUAAUCAAUUGCUUUAACUUAGAGACUUUCUUAGCAGAAUUCUGGUAUAGAACGGUUAAAGGAUCGGCACACAAAUGUUUAUAACAAGUUUCGUAGAUUAUUUUCGAAACUGAAUCUUUGCGACGAGUGGAUAAUAUAGGAAAUUUUUCGCGGAUUUCUCAACGUACUAACAACUAGUUGAUAAAGAAUAGUACCAUCUGUACAAUAUUAUUCUGCAGUCUGUCUUGUGCUCACUGAAAUGUAAAAAACUUGACAUGUUCACAAACAAAACUCUCACGCUUCAUCAACCAUGAAGAAGAUGAGAAGAUCAAAUGCUAAAGAAUUGUCUUUUGUACGAUAAUAACGACGCUGUGAAGUUCUAAUUGGGUGUUUGUGGGCAAUUUUUGAUAAGAUGUAUACUACUCGCCAAUUUAAUUCUCGUCAUGCAGUUAUCUUCAUAUUAUUUUUAUGUCAUACAUUCGGACCGAGUUCUGCACAACGAGCAUCAGAUAAAGCAGAUAAAAAAACUAUUGAUGCGAUAAAGAGGUUGAUCCUUGAUAGAUUGGGAAUGAAGUCAGAACCUGUGAUUGACAAGAACACCAUAGAACUGUCAGUUAAAGAUCACGUUAAGAGUAAAAUGCAGAGUAAAAUGGAAACAAGCAAACAUACAGUAUCCAAAGUCAGCAUAACUCCUACUAAAACAGAUUUCGUUGCUAUGAAAAAAAAUCAAAUCAAAGUAAAACUCAAUGUUAAGUUUUUAUUUGUUAUAACGGUAUCAACUAAACAUCGCAAUAUUUCAAUCCAAGAAAGAAAAACGAAAAACGUUGCGCGGUUGCAGAUACUUAAACAGCGAUUAUGGGAGAUUAUAACCAACAGUAUCUGGAUGAUGAGGACCAAGAUUAUAACAAUAGAUACGAGAAUAUUCCAACACCUGUUGAUGGCGAAGAAUUAAAAUCUUCUGAUGAAGAAUCUGAAGAAAAAGAAGAAGAAGAAGAUGAUGAAGAUGAAGAGGGUACAUUGUCAGAAGACGAUGAGAUAGACAGGACACUGCAGGAUAAAAAUUUUGAUCCGUACGAAUCAUGGGACGCUCUUAUGGAGAUUGACAUCAACGUUAACAUCAUGGCAUUGUUGAUGGAUGAUGAAGAACUUCAGGAGGUCUGGGCUAAAAAUCAAGCUGGUGCGGAAGAUCAGGAGGCAGAGGAAGAAGAAUAUGAUGAUGCGUACGAGUCUGAGGUGGAUGAUGAAGAGGAAGAUGAAGAAUUGCAAGAAAUUAUACCAAGUGAUAGUGAUGAAGAACUUCCACCUGUCGAGGUAGGUGAUAGUGAGAAUAUAUACGAGCUUUCAUCAGAUGAGUACCAAGAAGAAGACGCCUUUUCAUUUGGUGAUGCUGCUUCUGAAAAAGAUUUGGAAGAGGAUGAUGAUGUUGGGUACAAGGAGGAUGAUGAAGACAAAGAAGAACAAGAUGAAAACGAAGAAGAAGACAAAGAAAAUAAAGAACCUGAAAAAGAAGAAGAAGUGAAGACAACAAAACGUUAUCGGAGACUUGAAAAGUAUAAUGAUUCAGAUACAAGCGAAUAUGAAACAAUAACGUCAGUGUCGGAAAGUGAGAAGGAAACGAACCAGGCCGAUAACGUUGACGACGAAGAAAAAGGGGAAAAUAAGGAAGAAGGGAAUGAAACUGUUGAGCAAAUAGUUAAAGAUCAAAACAUUGAAAAAUUGCCAUCUCCGGAUCCAUAUCCUUGGAUUGAAUAUGAGAAAGAAAUUGAGUAUAUAGAGGAGUAUGAUGGAAAUUUUAUGGAAAAUUAUAUGGCACAAAAUCAACAAACUUCAGCACGUUCCUCAACGGAUGAAAGCAAUGACGAAAAAGAUACAUACGACCUUCCUGUUUUCCAGCUACCGCCUUCAGAAUUGUCGGUAGUGAAAAACAAACACGCAAAUAAGAAUACCACAGAUUCAAAUCGUAAAAAGGCAAGAAUUAUUCCAAGCGAAAGGAUUCGAACCACAAGUGGUCAAAAACGCAGAGUUGAGAAAAAAGAAAAAAUAGAUCAGGUUUCAAAAACGAAAGAACUAGUCGGCUACCGUUCUUACACAGGGAAAGCUAAGUUUAAAUACGAAAUUGACUUAAAUGUUUACAAUUUUGACAACUAUCCCCAGUACGAAUGCGACGAAAAAGAUGAUAAAAAAACUCUGAUAGUAAAUAAAAAGAAGAAAAACAAUAAGAAGAUUAAAGACAACAAUAAUAAUACUACAAAUAAUAAAAAAUAUAGAGACAAGUUUGGUAGAAAAUAUCUUUUUCUUAAACGUAAACAAAGAACAAAAUGUUAUAAGCGAGUACACCCUGAAUAUAACGACAAUAAAGAAGAGGAUUCUGAUGCUCCUGAUGAAGACAUUCCUGUAUAUAAAGCCAAAAUGGCAGUGUUAGCUUACAGAAACAAAACAGUUGAAUUAGUUCUGGAUUCACUAUUGACACAGACAUUUACAUCUAUAGAAAAAGUGGAUAAAGCCAGAUUACGGAAAGAGGCUACACACCACAGUCGAGCCAUAUUGCUCGACAUUUGUGAGAAUAUUGUGGAGGAUAUUGAAGAAAAACAACAAAAAGAUGCAGUUAGUUAUGCGAUUGAACUUUUGCUGGACAGUUGGGAACAACAUGUUUAUCGAACAAGGAUGAAGUUAAUAGACGAACAGUUAGAUAACAUCUCUGAAGCUGUUGUUACUACCUCAGUGAGAACAGCAGUGGAUGAAAUUGUAGAUGAAGAUAUAUAUGCAACACUUUAUGUGCGGGACACUCUUGCUGAACUGCUAAAUGAGUUUGGGUUACGACAAGCCAAGAUCAAUCGUAAGUUAGGCGGCCUGUUUAGUGAAUAUCAUUUUGAUAGUUAUGACUUUGAGGGUGGAGGCACAACGAAAAAGAUAAAAAAGAAAGUUUAUAAACCAAGAAAAGAAUUAGAUUCUUACUUAAACGAAAGAUUAAAAAAAAUUAAGCUAAAAGAGGACGAGGAAGAACGUGGAAGGGAGGCGAUAAAAUUAAAACAGCAAAAAGAAAGAGAAAAAAAAGAGAAGGAAGAAGAAUUAAGAGAAGAUAUGAAGAGAGCAGUACUUGAAAAGAAAAAAUCCUUCUAUCCUAAAAACAGCACUGAUGAAAUUCAAAAAGAUAAAGAAGAAGAGGAAGAAAGUCUGGAAGAAGAGAAAGGAGUUCAAGAUCUAGAACUUAUUGAUCGUAAUGGUAGGAACAACGUGGAUGUAUCUCCGGAAGACUCUGAAGUAGAAGUAACUGGAGAGUUAAGAGACACGCACGAGCUAUUCGAUUCUGAAGAAAUUGCCCAAAUUGCUGUGCGCGCAAGACGGAGAGGUAAAGUUGUUGCUUUAUGGAGACAGGAGGAUAAAAACUUAUUGGAAGAAUUGAGGAAGGUGAGUGAUAAUGAAGCAGAUUACACUGAAUCUGAAGAAGAAAACAAUGGUGAAGAAGAUGGAAAAGUUAACUUAAAUAAAAUUUAUGCAGAGGAGCUAGCUGAGGAGGAAGAACAGAAAAAUGAAGAUUAUGACUUUAAAGAAUAUUACCUACGCAAGUUACCUAACUUGCAAAAAGAAGUCGAAAAAGCUCUAAAAAGGUCGCAUACACCUACGAAGAUAAACCUGGUAACUUUAACUAAAGACAAAGAAAGAAACGACAGCGCCAUAGGUUCUACAAAUCAUGGAUCCCCAACGCAAAGGACCUCGGUUGGAUUACGACGUCAUGAGUCUGGCAUAUCAUCAAUUUUAUCAAACGAAUUGCGAGAGCAAAUUUCAGAAGAGAUGGAGCAGCUGGCAUAUGAGCAAGAAAAACCGUUAGAAGAAAUCGUUAAGAUGAUUCCUAAGAUAGAUCGAGAUCAAUACCUUCAGUCUUGGCUAUAUAACGGAUCUCCAAAAGUUUUCAACCACGCCCCAUCCCCUCCUGGGUGUCAAAAUAAUAAAAAGGUUAGGCGUCCUCAUUUAAAGCGACCAAAAACAGCUCAAAGUGAUGCGUCCAUUAUGGAUAUUAUUCCUCUUGAAAUACGUGCUUUCAAAAAUACAGACUAUGAGAACAAUAAUGAAAGGCCAGGGACUUCAAGCUCAUAUUACACGGGAAGAGAAACUGCAUUUUCUAAAAGAGAUGAACUUGAUGAAGAUGAAGAUGAUAGUGAAGAUUCUGGAAAUGAUCAGGAGGUAAUAAAACCUGAAAAGCCAAGAAAAAAACCACCAAUCGUUAAAAAAAAUAUCAAAAUCGAAUUCAAGCAGCCGGAAAGACCAAAGGAAUCAAAAAGAGAAUCUGAUCUUGGACCUGCUUGGCAAUUUUACGUAAGGCAAAAACGUAUUCGGAAAGAAAAAAAGGAGUACGGAACAGAGCAUCCAGUUGGGGAAGAAAGCGUGAUAUGGGUGCCUCCUAAAGAUCUCUAUAUUGAAGAACGUGACGAAAUCUUAAUGAACUGCCCUGCACCUCUUAAAGAAGUAUUUGAAGACGAAGAAGACUUUGAUGUGGAGAUACUUCAAGCAACAGGGAAUACCAGUGACAGUGAGAAUGGAUAUGAAGAAGAACGGGUAGUUCCUUCAGUUGUUCCACCAGCCACACCUUGGCAACGUGAAAAAGAACGACCACCAACCCCCGAUUCAUACGACUCGGAAGAAGAAUUAGAAGAACUGAAAAGAAAUUACAUUAGUAAGCACAGAAGAAACAGAGAGAAUGAAAAAUUAAAACAUUUACCUGAUAGGAAAUGGAAAGAAUAUUUAAAAAGAAAAAAUCAACCUCGACAACAACCACCACCAGUCAGAUCUGGCUGGAAAGCUUCACCUGGAAUCAUUCCAUGGAAAAAUGCCAGGGAAGAUGCGCGAAGGCAGCAAAAGAGCGGAGCCAACGCACAAGAGGUGCAAGCUAAUGUAAAUAGAGAAUUGUUUCAAAAGCUACAAAUCAUGGCUCGACGAGAUCAGAACUUUUAUCAGGGACAGAACAAUCGACUUUUACAACGUAGAAAAACUAUGCAUAAUACUGACUCUAAUACACGAAAGAAAGAAACAGAAAAACAAAAAUUGCUUCACCCUGACCAGAGUUACGGCAAAGAACGCUCUCCUCCACAGACAACACGAUCAACGCCAUCCUAUCUUCGACCAACAAAAGCUGCUGAAAAUAAAUACAGGCAAAGAUCAAAUCCUGAUCAGCUUCCAUCAAUAUCGAAUCCAGUGAGCGCUGCUCCAAGGAGUAGAGGGAGUACAAAUAAUAAUAAUUCUCGAUCGAGGAAAACAAGCAAAGCCAUGUAAUAUCUAAACCUGAUUGAUCGAAUAUUUUUUACUAAAUUUGUUUGAAAGUAACUUUCUUAGUUUUCCAUCAUCAUUUUUUUUAACUUUACCGGCUUAAAUAGCAAGAAUUAUUUUUGCAUUUUAGAACUGUCUUGUGAGUCUUUCAAGCAUUGAACAACUUUUCUGCGUGAAUAAGAGAAAAUCAUAUUUAUAAAAGAAUUAUUUUGCACUUAAAAUUAUUGAUAUACUGAAUAAUAUUUUUACAAUAAAAAAAUUGAUUCUUAAUUCUAAAAACCCCGCCCAGAAGUAAGAACUGCAGAUCAUUCCAACAGAUCGUCUAUGCCUUCUGAUUCACAACUUCAAGGAAACCAACAGACAAUCCAACGGGGGAUUAAUAAGGUAUUUAGUCUAAUCAGUUCUAGAGUUAUAAAAAAGUUUGUAAGAGCAAUCGUUUUUCGAAAACCUUGCGUCAUAGUUUGUUAAAUAGUUUUUGAAAGGCAUUUAUUGAAGGGGUUGGAGUUAUUGAAUCCAUAUAGAGUUGCUUCAUGAAUAUAGCUAUACAGUGAGCAAAAUUUCAGCAGGGUGUUAUGCUUCGUUGUACAUAGUUUAUGUGCGAUUAUCAUUAAAACCCCUGAACAAAUUUCAGGUCAAGAAUUUUUUAAGUUAUUUGUGAGUAUAAUCAAAACAAGAUGAAGGGUGCUCAAUAAAUUAAUAAAGCUUGUUA